UAUUAUUUUUCUUCUUCUUUUCUUUCUCCCUUCAAUCUCUCUGCCCUACUGUCACUUCUCUCUACUCUUUCAAUCUCAUUUCCAAUUCUUCAACUUCUCUUCUUCCAUUCUUUUUUUUCUUUUUUAAUUUUGAUUUUUUCGUUUUUUUUUUUCCUUUGGACUUUUCCCCCUCUUCACGUUUGGGGUUUAAUUGCCGGAAAGUAGUCGGGAUUUUUGUUUUUUUAGCUCUCUAAAUCUCGCUCGGGCUUUGAAUUUGUGGAAUUUGGGCCAAAUUUCGAAGGUUUUGGCUGUGAUCGGACCGUUUAAUUCUAAGAUCUGCUCUGUUUUGGUGGUCAAUUUUGAUCUGGUUAGUGUUUUAUUCAACAACGGGUUUGGAUCCGAUCGAGGAAGAAACAGCGCCAUCCGAUGGCGCUGUUCAGAAGGUUCUUUUACAGGAAGCCGCCGGAUCGGCUUCUUGAGAUCUCCGAGAGAGUCUACGUGUUCGAUUGUUGCUUCUCCACGGAAGUGUUGGAAGAAGAAGAAUAUAAGGUCUACUUGGAUGGCAUUGUAGCACAGUUACAGAGUCACUUUCCUGAUGCCUCAUUCAUGGUUUUCAACUUCAGAGAAGGUGGUAGGCGAAGCCAAAUUUCUGAUGUACUGACUCAGUAUGACAUGACAGUUAUGGACUAUCCUCGGCAAUAUGAGGGGUGUCCUUUAUUGCCAUUGGAGAUGAUUCACCACUUCCUUCGAUCAAGUGAAAGCUGGUUGUCACUGGAGGGUCAACAGAAUGUGCUAUUGAUGCAUUGUGAAAGAGGAGGAUGGCCCGUUCUUGCAUUCAUGCUAGCUGGUCUUCUCUUGUACAGGAAACAAUACAGUGGGGAGCAGAAGACUCUUGAAAUGGUCUACAAGCAAGCUCCGAAGGAACUUCUCCAUCUUUUGUCUCCUUUAAAUCCUCAGCCUUCCCAGCUGAGAUAUCUUCAAUACAUUUCCAGGAGAAAUUUAGGUUCUGAUUGGCCUCCAUCGGAUACACCUUUAGUUUUGGAUUGUUUAAUACUAAGAGUUCUACCUCUUUUUGAUGGAGGAAAAGGAUGUAGGCCUGUUGUGCGUGUUUAUGGUCAAGACCCCUCAGCACCAGCCAAUAGAACUUCAAAGCUUUUAUUUUCGACACCAAUCAAAAGAAAACAUAUCCGCAACUACCUACAGGCAGAGUGUAUGCUGGUGAAAAUUGAUAUUCAUUGCCAUGUUCAAGGGGACGUAGUUCUUGAAUGCAUCCAUAUGGAUGAAGAUCUUGUACACGAGGAGAUGAUGUUUAGAGUUAUGUUUCACACAGCAUUUGUUAGAUCAAACAUUAUGAUGCUGAACCGUGAUGAAGUUGAUGUUUUAUGGGAUGCGAGGGACCAGUAUCCCAAGGACUUCAAAGUUGAGGCACUCUUUUUGGAUGCUGAUGCUGUUGUCCCCAGUCUCACCACUUCCUUCGAUGAUGAAGAUGGAAAUGAAACUGGAGCUGCUUCUCCUGAAGAAUUUUUUGAGGUCGAAGAGAUCUUCAGUAAUGUAAUGGAUGGGCAGGAAGCAAAGGGGUCCAAUGAUCCUCAAGUAGUCAAUCAUGUAAACCGUAAAGAAGACUGGAAGGAGGACUUUGAUCCUCCUGCAUUCCAGGAUUGUGCAUCUGACGAUGGAAAUCUUAAGCAUGAUAAAAAACCAGAUUUUGAUGCAGUGAAGGACAUUACUGUGGAUGAUGUGAAGUACAAACUGGAUGAAAAUAUAUAUUCUGGUCUCAAUGCAGUUAAAGACAUUGCUGUGGAUGAUGGGGAUAUGAAUUCAAAUUCCUUCUUGGUUGCUGCUAAUGUCCCAACUAAUGUGAAAGUUCAGGGGAUGGUCGAUGAUGCAUCCGAGAAAUUUGAAGAUAUAGAAGAAAAGGAUGAUGGAAGAGAUACUACACGUGAGAAAUUGGAAAACAAGGUUCUGCAGAAAAAGUUUAGUGCUGAUGGUUCUAGACAAAAACUAGAAAAAUUGCAAGCACCGAUUCCCAAGAAACAGCCUAUUUCAAGUGGGAAGCCGACCACUGAUAUGGGUUUAGCCAAACAGAAAGUCAAACAACAAGAGACCCAAGGUUUCUCUGCAAAACAAGCAAAGCCGAAUGCAGUUUCUAGGUGGAUCCCUCCUAACAAAGGCUCCUAUAUGAAUUCUAUGCAUGUUUCCUAUCCACCUUCAAGAUAUAACAGUGCCCCGGCUGCUUUGGCAAGUAUUGCAUCACCAAAGGAUGUAAAUGCAAAUUCCAAAACGAAGGCGGCUGCCACCCUUGAUUCUCUGGUUGCUACAGAUGUUUUUACUGAACAAAAAAACUAUAAAGUGGAUUCUGUGAGGCCUUCACACUCAGCACCUGGAAACCUCAUGCUUGGCCCAUCAUCUCCAGUUGGGUCAAUUGAGGAGACAGAUUCUUCUUCUGAAACUUUAAAAGCAUCACAUAGUGAUACACAACUUGAAGUACCACAUCCGCCCCUCCCCACAAAGCCUCCAUCUCCAUAUUUACCAUCACCUCCUGGGGAAAAUGCAAUACCUCCUCCACCUCCUCCACCUCCUCCACCUCCUCCACCACCACCCACUUCAUUUCAUCAUAUAGGGACAAUGUACUCUGCUGUACCACUUUCCACGUCUCUAGCACCGCCACCCAUAAUUAACUCACCAAAGGCAGUUAAUACCCCUGCCCCUCCCCCUCCUCCUCCCCCUGCCCUUCCAUCCAGUAGGCAGAAUAGCGUUUUGCUCCAUUCUUCAACCCAACCAUCAUGGGACCAAAUAUAUUCUUCCGCUUGCUACGUGUACUCUUCUCUGCCUCGUCGCAUAAGGGAUAAUCCACUAUCACAACCCCCAUCCCCAACUUCUAUGAAACAUGAAGCACUUGUUCCACUCCCUCCACCACCCCCACCUAUUACUGAAGGCUCCACCAUCUCCACCACCUUCAAAGCAGAGAGCAUCACCUCCACCACCUCUCCCCUGCCACUCCCAUGUAUGGAGCCCACCUCCGCCACCUCCUCCCCACCCACCUUCCAUGUACGGAGCCCUACCUCCGCCACUCCUCCCCACCACCUUCCAUGUACGGAGCCCACCUCCGCACCUCCUCCACCACCACCUUCCAUGUAUGGAGCCUCAUCUCCGCCACCUCCUCCUCCACCACCUUCCAUGUAUGGAGCCCCACCUCCGCCACCUCCUCCCCCACCACCUUCCAUGUACGGAGCCCCACCUCCGCCACCUCCUCCCUCACCACCUUCAUGUUAUGGAGCCUCACCUCCCUCACCUUCUCCCCACCACCUUCUAUGUAUGGACCCCACUCCACCCCCACCACCUCCCCCCUGCCACCUUCAAUGUCGGUGCAACUCCUCCUUUGACCCCUACAAUGCAGGGGGCUCCUUCAUUGCCACCUUCCAUGCGUGGGGCUCCCCCACCACCUCCACCUCCACCUAUGUAUGGGACUCCACCACCACCUCCACCUAUGUUAUGGACUCCACCACCACUCCACUACGUGGUGCUCCACCACCACCACCACCCCUCCUCCUCCAAUGCAUGGGCUCCACCACCACCACCUCCUCCGAUGCAUGGGGCUCCCCCCCCACCACCUCCUCCAAUGCGUGGGGCUCCUCCCCACCACCACCCCCUCCAAUGCAUGGGGCUCCUCCCCACCACCUCCUCCAAUGCGUGGGGCUCCUCCCCCACCACCACCCCUCCAAUGCAUGGGGCCCCUCCCCCCCACCCCCCUCCAAUUGCAUGGUAGCCCCUCCCCCGCCUCCACCGCCCGGGGGUGGUAGAGCCCCUCCCCCACCUCCCCCGCCCGGGGGUGGUGGAGCACCAGCACCACCACCUCCUCCUGGUGGAGGUCGUGGAGCACCAGCCCCUCCUAGACCUCCCGGUGUUGGACCUCCUCCACCUCCACCAUUUGGCGCGAAAGGAGCAAAUGCUCCACCUGAUCCAAGAGGUUUGUCUUCUGGGAGAGGGCGUGGGUUAACACGCUCAACAGCUACAGCACCUCGAAGGUCUUCCUUGAAACCUCUACAUUGGAGCAAAGUAACAAGGGCUCUACAAGGGAGCUUGUGGGAAGAACUACAGAGAUAUGGCGAGCCUCAAAUUGCACCAGAGUUUGAUGUGUCUGAGUUAGAGACUCUCUUUUCUGCAACUGUCCCUAAACCUGCUGAAAAAUCUGGAGGGCGAAGGAAGUCUGUUGGAUCCAAAACUGACAAAGUUCACCUGAUUGACCUCAGGAGAGCUAAUAACACCGAAAUUAUGCUUACCAAAGUAAAGAUGCCACUUCCUGAUAUGAUGGCUGCGGUGCUAGCAAUGGAUGAGUCAGUUUUGGACGUUGAUCAGGUGGAAAAUCUCAUAAAAUUUUGUCCUACGAAGGAGGAGAUGGAACUUCUUAAGGGAUACACUGGUGAUAUGGAUAACCUUGGAAAGUGUGAACAGUAUUUUUUGGAGCUGAUGAAAGUGCCUCGAGUAGAGUCAAAGAUGAGAGUGUUUUCUUUUAAGAUACAGUUCGGCUCUCAGAUAACAGAAUUUAAGAAGAGUUUGAAUACUGUCAACUCUGCAUGUGAUGAGGUUAGGAAUUCUACCAAAUUGAAGGAGAUCAUGAAGAAAAUUCUUUAUCUGGGGAAUACACUGAAUCAAGGAACAGCAAGGGGUGCUGCAGUUGGCUUCAAGUUGGACAGUCUUUUAAAGCUUGCUGAUACACGUGCUUCUAAUAAUAAGAUGACACUCAUGCAUUAUCUUUGCAAGGUCCUGGCUUCAAAGACACCAGCUCUUCUAAAUUUUCAUUUGGACCUGGGUAGCCUCGAGCCAGCAACCAAGAUACAAUUGAAGUCUUUAGCAGAAGAAAUGCAAGCUAUAAUUAAGGGGUUAGAAAAGGUCAGGCAGGAGCUUGUUGCUUCUGAGAGUGAUGGCCCAGUAUCUGAAGUUUUUCGCAAGACGCUGAAAGGAUUUAUUGCUAGUGCUGAGACAGAGGUGGCAUCGGUGACAAAUCUAUACUCUACUGUGGGUAGAAAUGCAGAUGCACUUGCACUAUAUUUUGGUGAGGAUCCGGCUCGUUGUCCAUUUGAGCAGGUUACAGUGACACUAUUGAACUUCGUGAGAUUAUUUCGGAAAGCCCACGAAGAAAACUGCAAACAGGCCGAAUUGGAAAAGAAAAAGGCCGAGAAGGAAGCCGAAAUGGAGAAUGCCAAAGGAAUUAGCCUUACGAAGAAGAGUGUGAAAUAGGUGAUAUACGUGAGUUCUCCUUAGCAUGGGAGAAGAUUGAGCUCUCGUCCUAUAUUGGCGACUCAGUUGUCACCUUGCGGCCAAGGGGAAACAUGCCGUGUGACCAGCUUCGAAGCGCAUCCUAUUGAGAUACGUUCUGCAGUGCGAAAGCCCUCGAUGAAUGUGGAUAUGAAACACAAUGGUCUGUUCAUUAUUGAUAUGCCUGCAGAACUCUUGAGUUGGCCAGCUUGUUUAUUUGUACAUAUCUGACCGGCUACUACUUGAACCCCAACAAAAUCACGCCCCAACUCAACAAAUGUUUCCCUCUUGAAUAGACAGAUCAAUCAAUCAUGGAGAUAAUAUUGGGUGCUGACUGACUUACCUUCGCCAAGCAAAGGUAUUCUCUAUGCUGGUAGCUGCAAUUCUGAUUAUGGGUUUCGCUCCUCCGGCAGAGUUUUUCAGAAGAGUAUUUUCAGUCCUAGAUCAGUGUUUUGAUUAAAAGUAGGUGAUUUGGUUUCGGCUUUGACAACGUAUGCAUUUGGCAUAAAAUUUUUUGGGCAGAGAACAAAUGCGUCGGAAUUGCAUCCUCCAAGUCCAGCCGUAGCAUGAAACCGUGUACAGAGCCUCUCUAACCAUUCCAUACAUUAGAAUGUAAAAUUUGUUCUUUUGUUUGAUGAUGUAACAUGAAAAUAGAUUUUUCCUUUUUCUCCCUUUUAUUUGUAGAUUUUUUGACUCAAACCCGUCAUAGCAGGUGUUGUAUAGAGCAGAUUCAGAGUAAUUAGAAAGACGGGUUCCCCCACCACUGUAAUUGUAACAUAAAAAUCGAAAAUAUAGGCCACGUUUGAAAUCUCUUUGUUUCUUUCAUUUUUAUUCCUCGACAUAAAAAGUGAAGACUCAUUCAUCCA